AUGCCGAAAAAAUCAAACAAGUGGGGUGGUCGUGGGAACAUGCGAGGAAACGAGGACAAGGCUUACUUCGGUCACGAUGAUCGUGUAGGAAGAAACGUUGGGAGAAGUGGUGGAACUCAUACUGGCCCCACCAAGCAUCGUGUUUCAUUUAAAACUCUUAGACCCAACAAUAGGGACAUACGUAAUUUGGCGUUGGCGAAUUUAGAUGAGGAUAUUCCGAUGAUCGGUAGUUCCAACAAUAAUACGAGGCAGGUGGUAAUCAACCAGAGAGAUAGACAUAGGGGUGACAGGGCAUGGGGAUCCGUAUCUCGUGGAAGGAACAGUCCUAUGCCAAAUAGAAAUUUCAAGGGAGGUCAGGCGGGCUCUAGAAUGCGGCCUUCCAUUAGCGAAUCCAAUUGGCACAGAGUCUUAAUACCAUAUGGUCAUAAGUAUGAAAAGGAUUAUGUUAUAAAUACUCUCUUAAAUUAUAUCGCACCUGAAGUAUUUGUUCCUUUAACAUACAAGAUAACAGAAAACGAUGCUAGUUUCUAUGUGGAUGAUUAUAAGAUUGCAAGUACAUUGGCAAAUUGCGAUCGCAAGAUUACGAUGAGCGAUGGAUUCAAACUGCUAGUAAAGUUAAAACCAGGAUUUCCAUCCUGCGACAUAGAUGACAAAUUGAAGGAACGAUUAAAACAGGCGAUGGUUAAGAGAUAUGUACAGGAAACGAAUGCUUUGGAUUUGUCCAAAUUUCAUCUUGAUCCUGAACUUUAUUCUGAUUACUUUUGUGCAUUGGCCUCUCCUGCUAUGUUUAUGACUGUGAUGGAUAUUGUAGGAGAACACAUACCAAAUUUAGAAGCCCUUAACCUGGAGGGUAAUAAGUUGCAGAACAUUGAGAGGCUUAGUGUGCUAUGUAAGAAGUUUUCCAAAUUGAAGAUACUUUAUAUUGGCGAUAAUAAGAUUAGAAGCAUUCAUCAGCUAGAUAUCAUUAAGGAUCUGAAAUUGGUUGAAUUGAAGUUAACUGGAAAUCCUUUCUGUAACAAGUAUAAAUCUCGGCAAAAUGACUAUGUUGGCGAUGUUCGGAGAAGAUUUCCUAAGCUGCUGCGUUUGGAUGGCAUAGAAUUGCCACGACCGAUUGUCUUCGAUGUGGUUGACGACGCUGCCAAGAUUCCCUCGUCACAGAGAAUGUUUGUCACCAAUGCAAAAGUACAAGAAAUUGCGAGUCAGUUCUUACAACAGUAUUUCAUAAUAUUUGAUAGUGAUAACCGACAACCUCUACUUGACGCAUAUGAUGAACAUGCAUGCUUUACGAUAACCACUUCUCCCAAUAAUAAGUUACAAGGGUAUCUUAUGGAAAAUCGGAAUUUAUUCAGAAUAACAGACACGAUUAAAAGACAAAAAUUAUUGAAACAAGGUAGAUUGCCUGUAGUUUCCUUUGUGUCAGAAAUGCCAAGAACAAAACAUUUAUUGAAUACCUUUACGAUGGACAUCUCUCUUGCUACACAAACGAUGAUGUUCAUCACAAUAACGGGCUAUUUCCAAGAAGUCGAUAACAAAGACGAGCCCAUCCGCUACUUCAACCGGACAUUCAUAAUUGUUCCGGAAGGUGGAGGAUACUGUAUUCGAAAUGAGCAGUUGCAUAUUAGUCAGCCAACUGAGGCGCAGCUGAAGCAACUGCACCAACAAUUAAGUCAACUAAACAAUCAGCAAACCCAGCUGACGACGCCAGCGUUAGAAUCUAUAGAGACGAAGCCUAUGGCAACGGAGCUUAGCGACGAUAUAAAACAGCAGAUGACAAUGACAUUGAGUCAGCAUACAAAUAUGAAUCUGGAAUGGAGUUUGAAGUGCUUGCAAGAGACGCAGUGGAAUUACGACAACGCUUUAUCUGCCUUUCAAGAAUUUUAUAAGCGUGGACAGAUACCGCCAGAAGCAUUUACAAAAUAAACACGUAAUGUGAGUAGAAAACUUGUUACUGUGAUGAUAAGUCGUAAGUCCAAGAGUGUAAAAUAUCAAAUUCUAUUCUACUUCUACUUCGUUUAUAUUCUUAUAUUUGUUUCUCACAAGUAUACUUAUUUGUAUCUUGCAUCAAAACCUGAAUAGAAAGCAUCUAGAUAUUUAUUGCUUGCCAGUUUUGUAUCUCUGGUAACGACAGAUAGAUUAUUAUUUUUGCAAAAAAAGAAAAAAAACGAAUAUAUUAAUACACGCCAAUAUAAUUUUUUUGAAGAGCUUUACAAUUUGUCUUAUUUGACCUUAUAACAUUACACACAGAAUCUGCAUGAAAGUUGUUAAAAAUCACAAUUCUAAUUUCAUUGUAAUCUUGAUGUGUACAAAAAAUUAUUUUUUUUAUAUUAUGAUUCUUAACAAAUUUCAUAUACAGGGUGAUUAUUAAUGAAUGUCCCCACUUUUUACUAUAGGAGCCUGAUUUACUGACGGAUAUGUAUUUCUAACAUAUAUUAGAAAUUACAAAUGCGUGCUCCUAUGGUAAAAAGUGGGGACAUUCAUUAAUAAUCACCUUGUACAUAUAUGUGUAUAUACAUUAUAUACAAUAUAUUAAUUAACAGCAUCAAUAAAAAUUAAACUAAAAAACUUCCGUAAUAGAAUUGUAUAUCAUAAUUUUUUUAUAAAGAUCUUGUUUAUGCUUACAAUAAAAUUAGAACUGUUAUUUAAUUUAAAAUAUAAAUACAUGUAUGAAACUUGUAAUAAAAUAUAUCUAUAUAUGCAGAAAAACAAGAUCGCCUACACGCUGACAAGCGUACGGUAUGCAAAGGAGAAGAAUAAAAUAUAAAUUUUUAUUGAUCACUGUUAAAAUCACUGUGAUCGUUACAUAGAAUUAAGCAAAAAAAUGCACAUUUGGCCUAGCACUAUUCUUCUUACUUCUUCAACUUGUACGCAGUUUAAAUGUCAAUUGACGUUUGGAUUGCGCGGAAAAUAGGGGGAAAACUUUAAAUUGAUCAAAAUGUGCAUUUUUUGCUAAGCUCUGUUAUAUACAAAUUGAGAAAUGAGACUAACUGAAUAUUCUUUUAUUUUUAUAUUUUAAUAUCAUUAAUAUCAUUUGUACAUUUUUUAUUGGUGCUGUUAUAUUGACAGUAUAUAAAUUGGAAAUAGAUUACAUGUACAUUAAAUUUGUAAGACAAAUUGGAUUUCUAAUCAACGUGGAAGAUAUAUACACACACACACACACACACACACACACACACACACACACACACACACACACACAUAUUGUAAUAAUAUUUAUUAUAAAUCUCCAAUUUCAAAUCAGGUUUUGAUAUACAAUAUAGAAAUAUUCAUUUAAAAAUUUAAAAGAUACGAAAAGACAAAAAAAUUUAGUUACAAUUUUUAUAGACGAGAGAAACAAUUGUUAAUUUCACAGUAAGCAGAUAUGAUUAAGCACACACAUCUAUAAUCAAAUUUAUAAUAUAGUAUAAUAUUAGUAGUAAAACAUUCUUUGGUGUGUAAAAGAAUUAUAUACCACUUGGUAUUAAACAUUUUGUGAUGUAUAUUUGAUCACACGUUCACAACCACACGCGCACACAUAUAAGUAUUUGCAAUAUACAUUAUAAUCUCUAAACUGUCAAUCAUGUUUUUCGAUUUAUAAACGAAAAAAAUUUAUAUUCCAUUAACAUCUUGUUAUUAUCGGAUUCGUCGACGUUUCUUAUUCAACAAUGAUGUUAGAUAUAGAAAAGUUUAGAUUGAUUGUAUUCAAGACGGACAAAGUCGCUAAUCUAUUUGCUGAGUAAGUAAUUUGAUCGAUUUUGUCCAGCUUGAACAUGGUCACUCUUUAAUUUAAACUUAAAGAUAAAACACAGAUAAAAGAGAUAUUGAUAUUUUUUAUUCAAAAAGAAUGUAAAAAAUAAAAAAGGGAUUUUUAUAUUAUACGGGAAAAUUUACUUCUAUUUAUAAUAUAUAUAAAAAAUACAUAUAUUUAAUACAUAUAUUUAAAAAAUUAAAAAGUAUCUAUCUCUCUCUCUGUGUUGAAAGUUUUUUGUUCGUAUUUGUAAAGGACAUCUUACAAUAUCCUCUGUAACUAUAUCUAAUAUCACAGUUAAUUUAAAAAUUUAAAUAAAAGAAAUGUACAUUUCUUUUUGUAUAUUUAAAAAUCAAUUUUUUCAAAUGUAGAAUUAAGUUUUUGGUCUAUUAACUGGAUCUUGUCGAUUCUAUAAAUUUUAGAUUUUGUUAAUAGAUCCAAUUAAUAGAUCAAAAACGUGCGUAAAUAGAAAUCGAAUUUUGACAUUCAUAUAUGCAUUUCUAGAAGUCUCGAACAUCAUUUAGUUAGCAGAAAGCAUAUAUACAUCAAAUAAUCUCUUUAAGGAGAUAGUUAGUACUAUUUUCUAAAAAAACAACCAAUUUCUCAAAAUUGUCAUUUAACAAAUACGUUGAUACAAGCGCAAUUGAGAAACUUUUUUAUAAAUUGUAAAUAGUGUCAUAAAAUAUAGAUUUAUGCGUUCAUCGUUACGCAUGUUUUAAGUGAGCCACAGCGAUCGCUUACAUUAUGUGAGUAUAAAUUAUUCAACCGAGUAAUAUUUCGUGACGGAGAUUUAACUUUUUUUGUACAUUUCAUAUGAUAUAUGUUUGCAUAUAUACAAAAUACAAUCUUUAGUUUUUUUUUUCUUAUUAUGGAUGUGGUUUCCACACCACGUACACAUGCACAAGGGACAAAGAGUAACAAGCGCUGUAUACCAGGAUGAUGUUCUGAUAGUUUCAAAUCGAGAGCAAUAUCUUGGUGUAUUUUUAACUGGGAUUCCUAACUUGAGAGCCAGAUAACACACCAGAGCAGUGGUAGUCCAAAUUCCAGAUAUUAUCUGGUAUAAAUCACAAAGGUGUAAAGUCGGCGUAACUCUUUUGAAGCCAUUGAAGGUUUCUAGAACAUGAUGGAGGUGAACAAGUUUGCUGUGAGAUACAGCAAUUGUUUAAGCACAUCACGGCAUUCUGUGAUAUAUGCGCUCAGCUUAUAUCGUCACAGUGGUGGGAAUGACAAUGGGUUCUGCAUUUCUCACUUGAACCACAAGAGACUUUCUAUGUGCCUAAGAAACAGAUGUAAUCCUCAGUGCAGAUGUGUUUUUCGUUUUACUUUCGUAUACUUAAACCGUAUCACACAUAAUGACAACUCGCGUGGUAGCGUGGGAGAUUAUAAUAAAAACAUAAAUGAUGAGAAAGAGUGGAAAGAAAUAAUUUAUACUCACAUACUCGUACGCAAUAGUUUUAAUUUUAAAAAAAGUAUGUAAUACACGCAUGUCUUACGAUUACAUGAAGAUACGCGCGAAAUAUCAAAAGAAGAAACUUACAUACAUUACAUACAUUUUUAAGCAGAACGUUCUUUUUCAUGUUCAUAUGUGCAAGGAAAGUGAUUUAUUGUUAAUAGAUACUUUUCAUUUGUAAAAUUUGUUUUCAAGUUGUGCAAGUGUAAAAACGUACUGAUAUAAAUAUUACAAAAAGUAAACAUUGUUAUUCUUGCUUUGUAAAGAAUAAAUAUCAUCAAGUAAUUAAUGUAUGUAACUAAUGGCCAAUACAUAAUGAUAAUGUAAAACUUAUGUGUAUUAAUAAGUUAUUGUAUUAAGAAAUUGCUUGUAUGAGCAAUAUUUGAUUGCUAUUAUGUAAUAUAAAUAAAAAAAAUGAUAUUUUAUAAA